GAAAACCUAGCUACAGAAACCCUACAGCAACAGUUCGCAAUUGUCAAAAAUGAAACUACCACAAGUCAUGUCGUGGAGUUUGGAGACUUGAAUAGAUAUGCCAGUAGUGAUGCUUCAGGCUUGGCGAAAUAUAAAGAGUGGGGUUCUUUAUGUUAUCUUCUGCAGGAAGAUGCGGUUCCAUCUGAAGAUGUGAAAUUGCAUAUUCUAGAGAAAAAGAUUGAGAGUGCUGUAGGUAUCGAGAAGAAGAAAUACGAAGCUGAUCUCCAGUCUCUGCUGCAGGUAAUGGUGAACUCUAUGGUUGGCAUUGAGUCAAUGUUUAUAGCUGUACCUGUACUGUUUUAUAUCAUUGAAAAAAUAAUUUU